AUGAGUGAUUCUUAUAGUAGAAUAUCUGCGGUUUUUUACAUCAUAAAUUCAAUGCUGGGGACAGGGAUUAAUUUUAUGCCGGCAACUUUUAACAAUUCUGGAAUAAUACUUGGAUUUGGUAUGCUAUUUUGCGUAUCUUGUUUAACUGCCUUUUCUAUUUAUAUUCUUUUUAGAGUGGCUAUAAAAUUUCAAGGUGAAUACGAACACAUUACAUUUGCGAAUCUUGCUAACCCACCUUAUUUAAGAAGAAUGAUAGAUUAUUCAAUGGUUGCAGCAUCAUUGUUUUCCGCUAUAGGUUUUCAAAAAUUUGCAAAAGAAUUAUUCACAUUAUUUAUUUCGGAAUUUUUGCCCGAUAAAACACCUAUUUUUUACAAAUAUUUAGAAAUAACCAUUUUACUUGUGAUAACAAUAAUAUUUACAGGAUUAGCAAUGAUAAAAAAAAUAGGAAAUUUAAAAAUACUGUCUAAAUUGUCCGUUUUUUGUGUUACAUCCUUGAUGAUAGUUUUAACAGUACUAAAUGUUUUUCUGCCCACUUCAAAGAUCAGAAAUUUAAAAGGGACCGACAAUAAAAUGAACUAUACUUUCAGCCUAUCGUGGUUUAUUAUGUCAAUGUAUACACAACCAAAUAUACCGAUACUGUUUCCGCAUCUAGAAGAUAAAUCACAAACUAAUUUAAUUUUUAUUAGUGCUAUAGCUGCUUUUUGUGGUUUUUUGAUUUAUGGGAUGGCUGGAUUUUUAGGGUUUAAUCUUUUAGGACAACACAUUGGAACAAGUGAUAUUAUGAGAAUUUUUUUAGAUAAUAAUUCAUCGUUAAAUAAUUAUCUGGCAUCAAAUAGUGAUAUUAAUAGUACUAUAUCUAGAAUUUUGUGGUAUAUGACAAAAUAUCAAGGUAUCUGCGCCAUAAUAAUACUAAUGGUUGGUUUUCCAUUGAGAAUAGCACCAGCUACUAGAUAUUUUAAAAAUUUUUUUUCUGAUAGAAUAAAAAAUACCGAUGGGGUACAUAAUAUAAUAGUUAUUAUUGAAAUGUUUAUAAUUACAAUGGUCAAUCUAAUUCCAAAUAUAUCUUUGAACUUAAUUUAUGGGCUGCUGGGACCUUCUGCAGUUGGCUUUCUUUCAUUUUUAUUUCCAUCCCUUCUAUAUUUCUUGUACAGAGAUAAAAAGUCGGCUGUAAAAAAUAUAUUUUCAUGGAUAAUAAUGCUUGCAAGUGUAGUGUAUUGUUUUUAUGGGUGCUAUACUGCGUUUAAAAAUUUUUGCAGCGUUGAAAUAAAUUAUGAAGCGCCUAUAGCAAAGGAAACGCUUGUUACAAAUCAAAACUGA